ACAAGACUAUUCAAUCAACUGUUAGAAUGAAAGCAAAAUAAAAGAAUGAAAGUAAAAUAAAUAAUUUUGGCACCUCAUUACCAAUUCACCCUCCGUCAAUCAAUCUUAUUCCAUUUCCUUCCCCUUUCCCCAAUCAAUGGCUCCCUCCAGCUCUACGUCGCCGGCCAAGUCGCCGUCGUCGGUAUCCGUGGCUCACAUGAGCCUCCAAAAUCGAGCUUACUCGGAUAUCAUAAGGGAGAGGUCGGAGUCUCCGCCGCCGAAGAAAUUAAGGUCGAUGAAGGAGAUCAUGGCCGUAGCCAAGCACGUUCAGCUGGAGGAGGAGGAGGAGGAUGAGGAGGAGCACGACCAAAGCGCCGUCGUAUGCAGCGGCGCUGGGGAGGACUACGAAAACCUGGUAUGUGAACAAUGCGGCUCCGGCGAGAAAGACGACGAGAUUCUUCUCUGCGAUAAAUGCGAUAAGGGCUUCCACAUGCUCUGUGUUAGGCCCAUUGUUGUCCGGGUCCCUAUCGGGCAGUGGGUCUGUCCUGCCUGCACCGCUGAUCAACGCCGCCCUAUCAAAAGCUUUUCGCAGAAGAAGAUUGAUGAUUUCUUUCGAAUUCAGAAAGGCAGCGAAUUGGUGAUGAAAUGCACAUCACCUCAAGAUAUCAGAAGACGGCGGAAGCGUACUUUAGGUUAUCACAAGAAGCGCAGAAGAUUAUUGCCAUUUACUCCGACUGAAGAUCCUGCUAGACGACUAGAUCAAAUGGGUACUCUUGCCACUGCUUUAACAGCUCUUGGUAUGGAAUUUAGUAACGAACUCACUUAUGUUACUGGCAUGGCUCGCAAACGUGCAAAUCAAGCAAAAUUUGAAAAUGGUGGAAUGCAGGUUCUCUCAAAAGAAGAUACUGAAACCUUGGAGCAGUGUAGAGCUAUGUGUAAACGUGGCCUAUGGCCUCCGCUUAUUGUGGUUUUUGAUUCAUGUGAAGGCUAUACUGUAGAAGCUGAUGCAGCUAUUAAGGACAUGACAUUAAUUGCAGAGUACACAGGGGAUGUGGAUUACAUUAGAAAUCGACAAAAUGAUGAUUGUGAUAGCAUGAUGACACUUCUUUUAGCAACGGACCCAUCUAAAAGCCUUGUUAUCUGCCCUGAUAAGCGUGGAAAUAUUGCUCGCUUUAUCAAUGGCAUAAACAAUCACACAUUGGGUGGUAGGAAGAAGCAGAAUCUGAAAUGUGUGAGAUACAAUGUAAAUGGUGAAUGCCGGGUCCUUUUGGUUGCAAUUCGUGAUAUUUCUAAGGGAGAGAGGCUAUACUAUGACUACAAUGGCUAUGAGCAUGAAUACCCUACUCAUCAUUUUGUGUAGAAUUGAUUGAGCAUAGUUUUUCUCCAUCGUGUCUAUAGGAUCGAAAAAAAUUCUUUAAGCUAGACUGCUAGAGCAGAGUCAAGUUUUUUUUUUUUUUUUUCCCUCUAAUUUCAUUAUCUAUUGCCGGAUGUUGAAGCUGGCUACUUACAUAUGAUUAAAAAAGAAAUAGAUUUUUAGGUGAAAAAAAAAGUUCGAUUGAAGGCAGAGAAAAGUUUUGGACAGUGAAGGUAGGGAGAUCCUAGGAGAGCAGCACUGAUAGUUGGUUGUUUUUAUUGUUAUUAUCAAGUUUAGGUGGUUGGCCAUUUGAACAUGGUGAUGCUAGAUGUUAUAUCCUUUCUUUAUACAGUGACUUCCUGAUCUGAGAUUCCACUACUACUUUAAUUGUUUCAGCUCAGCUGCUUCA